AUGGCCGCGGUGUUACCUUUAACGCGAACGUUUUCAGUGGAUGAAGAUGCGUUGUCAUCCUGUUCUUUGGAAUCGCUGCCAUCAGUGCUUGGCAGUCGUGGUCAUCGUGAACGUUGUACGUCGACGUCCGCGACAAACGAUAUCUUUGCUACAAUGACGCCAGCAGACGGACUUGGUCGUUCGUUGCUCGCGGGCCCGUCAUCAGACUAUUCGUCACACUUCGUUCUUUCCGGUCUCGUCGGAGGCCCUGGUCAAGUCAAUGAGGCGUUUGCAAAAAUGAUCGAUGAUGUUCGUUGCGAAGACACAGCUUGUCAUCGUGCGGCAGCUACGUCGCUGUCGUCGUCGAUGUCCUCGUCGUCCGUCUGCGAGACGAUUCAGCUUCCCGAUAACGUAAUAAUUCUGGCCGAUACCCAUACAUGGAGUGUUCAAGUAGCGUCAAAUGAAGGAUGGGGUGAGGUAUUCUCACCAUCGGAAGCGAUUGUGUCAAUGUUGGAGCAGUUCUGUGAUCUUUAUCGUGUUGGAUAUGCUCCACGGCUUUUGAUUAGCUAUUUAGAAGAUUCUCUUUCCGAUGUGCUGAGCAAGAGUCUUAGUCUUGUCGAGAUUGUAGCGUCAAAUGAAGGAUGGGGUGAGGUAUUCUCACCAUCGGAAGCGAUUGUGUCAAUGUUGGAGCAGUUCUGUGAUCUUUAUCGUGUAUCACGUGGCUCCCCGUCGUCACAAGGCCCACUUUCGCCGGAACGGGUUCGUUCCAUAGUGGAUUGCGAUCACUCUGAUCUACGGCUGAUCCUCAAUGUGGCUUCCGUCUACUGGCCAUCAGUUCUAGCCUCCGUGGUGUAA